GAGUCCAUUAAGAUCAGACAAAAGCCUAGGCUUAGGGUUUUGGUCCUCUAUAUGAGACCUCCAUCUUCGAUCUCCGGAGGCCAAGGCGGGAGACGGCGAGGGCGAAGAAGAACCCGCCAUGGUUCACGUCAGCUUCUAUCGGAACUAUGGAAAGACCUUCAAGAAGCCCCGCCGCCCCUAUGAGAAGGAGCGGCUCGACGCCGAGCUGAAGCUCGUGGGUGAGUAUGGGCUCCGGUGCAAGAGGGAGCUGUGGAGGGUUCAGUUCGCUUUGAGCCGGAUCCGGAAUGCGGCCAGGGAGCUUCUGACACUGGAUGAGAAGAACCCUCGCCGGAUCUUUGAAGGAGAGGCCCUCCUCCGCCGGAUGAACCGGUACGGCCUCCUCGACGAGACGCAGAACAAGCUUGAUUAUGUUCUGGCUCUCACUGUGGAGAACUUCCUCGAGCGCCGGCUCCAGACUCUCGUGUUCAAGUCUGGGAUGGCGAAGUCCAUUCAUCAUGCCAGGGUCCUUAUCAGGCAGCGCCACAUCAGAGUUGGUAGGCAAGUGGUCAACAUUCCAUCAUUCAUGGUGAGGGUGGAUUCAGCGAAGCACAUUGACUUCUCUCUCACAAGUCCAUUUGGUGGGGGCUGCCCUGGUAGAGUGAAGAGAAAGAACCAGAAGGCUGCAUCAAAGAAGGCAGCUGGAGGCGAUGGUGAUGAGGAUGAUGAGGAAUGAGUGCUUUUACUUUCAGUUCUCCACAGUUCUGGUAGUUCUCUUUGCUUUGUUAAAGUUAGCUAUGUUUUAAGCAAAGAUCUUUCUGUUACUUGUAGAAGGAUAUUUGUUGAUUAUUUUUGUUUGAAAUGACCAUCUGAUGAUGGAUUUUGGGAUUUUUGGUUAUAUGUAGCGACUUUGAGUGGAUAUACAUGUGGAUAAUCUUUGUGGAUGAAUGGAGUAAGUUGUGGUAGAA